GUGAUGUGUGCGGAAGUGCGCUGUUGUCCAAAUUUGGACGGUUAUCGUCUUUCAUCUGUGCCAAAAUUUCAGUCGGGGUUAACCAAGAGGUCCACGCAUCACCAUCUCACACGAUGGAGGACGAUACGCUAUUGCAUUUCGCGAACUUUAGCACACUAGUCCUGUGCAUGGUUCUCAAGUUUCCACAAAUAUUUGUGCUGAUGAGAGCGAAAUCAACCACCGGUGUGAGCUUGAACAGUUUGCUCUUGGAACUUACCGGGUUCAUUGUGUUUGUCCGCUACCAAAUGUACUAUGAUUACCCACCUCCUACCUACCUGGAGUAUCCCAUUCUGAUUGCCCAAGAUGUGAUGCUGUUGCUGCUGAUUCUCCAUUACAAUGGUAACCUGAAGCAAGGACUGCUAUAUGCACUUGUGUUUGUGGGCACCUGGCACCUUCUGAUUGUGCAGAAGUGGGUUAUUGAUCUUGCUAUGAGCCUGUGCACUUUUAUCAGCGCUGGCAGCAAGUUUGCUCAGCUCCAGUGUCUGUGGGCGUCCAAAGACUCAGGUCAGGUCAGCACCCUCACCUGGGCCAUGGCAACCUACACCUGCAUGGCAAGGAUUUUCACCACACUUGUGACAACUGGAGAUACUCAGGUUCUCAUCAGGUUUAUCGUGAUGACACUUCUGAACAUUUGGGUCCUGGCGACAGUAUUGUACUACAGGCCCAAGGGCUCCAAGAAGCAAGACUGAGGCGUCGAGUUUACAGUGCAUGGCAGCAGGGACUGCAUCACUCUCAACCCCAGGCCUCGGCUCAGGUCAUGUCAAAUACCCCCUACCUAAAGUAAAAGGUCAGGAAUUUACACACUGGAAAAAUAAUCAGAUGCUGUUCUGGUUAACAUUCUAAACGUGGAUUAAGCUAAUAGUUUACUCUGGAAAACUGAUGACAUUACAAUUUCAGCUCUGAAGUAUUAUUGGACGAUUAUGAUGCUAUUUAAUGUAUUGGUUAAAUGGGUCUAAAUGAUUUACCAAAACUUUUUUUCUAAGUGCAAUAACUAUGCAACAAUAUGUGUUGUUUUUCAAAAUAAUCUUUCACAAUUUCGUACAGUAUUUGUAGAAAGUUGGAACUAUAUUUAACAAACAGUUACAUAUCAAAUAUUGUAUGUAUGACCACAAACCUUUGUAAAACAUUCCCUUAAUCUCAAACUCUGUCUUGUAGCAGUACUUAAAGAGUUAUUGUUUGCUCCUCUAAGUCAUAUUGAUUAGGUCAGAUGUGCACACACUUCCAUUACAUUCCUGAGGUUUUAUAAAAUACUUUCUCAAACUGUGAAACACAAAAUGUGUUCUUAGUUUUCUUCUUCCCUGGUUUGUAUCAGUCCAGGGAAACUUUCAGGCGUUCAGGUACUUAAGCAAACUGGUAUGUCUACAGUGUUGGGAUUGAAAUAACUUUGUAAAUGAAUACUUUUGCUAUUUAAUUAGUUUGUCUUUUCAUAGUGAACAUUGUAGAUCACCUGCAAUAAAUACCUCAAUAAAAAGCAUCUACAGUCCCAUAGUCGUUUCUCCUUUUGCUCCACAGGACGCUUAAAUAGGCUCUGUGUAAAGCAAGAACACAUGACUUUACAAAAGAACAAUACAAAUGUUUUGUUAUUUCAAAAUCUGUAAAGCUCAACAGUUAAAGACAGUUUUGUUUUAUUGUCAAACAGGUUAUCGUUCGGUUCAACGUAGCAAUAUAAAACAUGCAAUCUGGACGUAGCGCACAGGCCAGUAUAAAUAAUACAAGGUGUUCUGUAUGAUGCCAUCUUAAAAUAUACUGUGUAUAUUUAUAUAGAUCAUGCUUCAUCCAAACUCAAUAGGGACUUGAGGGGAAAAGUUCACAGCACAUCACUACAGUACUCCCAACAAACUGGAAGGUAGUCACACCAUCAGCUGACAUGGACUAACAUAAAAAACAAAAUCAG